AUGAAAGAGGUACAGGGGACGUCGGACUUCUACUGCUCAUAUUUCACGUCGCAAACUACUUUUGAAAAGGGAAAAAAGGCCUUACUAUUUCGAGUUUACGCCUUGCUGAGCGUUAAUUUGACGAUUCUGUACAUCUUUCCACCUUCGUCUUCGUCUUAUAGUCUCGAAAAGCUACAAUCUUCGUUCGUCAACCUCGUUGAGCAAGACUACCCCAUUCUCGUAGGAGAAUCUUAUGUCAACCCUAAGACAAAGGUCCUGAAUGUCAAGCUAACAAAUGAAAACGACUAUCAGGAGGCAAAUCUGUCAAAUUCCAUGACAACAGAACAAGCGAUAGAGGAGCGUUCGUUGGACUUGAUUCCGGCAAAAAUGCGUGACACAGAAAUUUUUUGUGUGAAAGGGACACUUUUGGCCGAUGGAGGGUUGGCCACUGGGGUGGAAUUCAGUCAUAUGCUCUUUGAUGCAGAGGCCAUGCUCACGCUAAUGAAGAUAUGGGGUCAACACUAA